AAAUACUCGAAGCUGAAAGAGGGCAAUUGGCCUAUAUAUAGAAGCUUCAGCCCUCACUGCAAAGAUGUCCCAAUUUAGAGCUUCUGUGUGUUUUUGUUAUAGUGAUUAGCAGAAACAAAUAGUCCUUAAAUUCCUAGAGAUCAAGACUCUUGAAAACGUACGUAUGGUUGGUUGAUGUACGUAUGUAUGUGCUAGUUACUGAUUUGUUUCAACUUUCAAGCAAUCUACAUAACUAUCCUUUCCUUUUGGUUGAGAGAGCGAUCGCAUUAGCAUGGAAGUAACUUGAAAAAAUGACUAGCCAGUUAUCUGAUUUGACCAAUAUUCAAGAUCUCAUCUUGAAAAAGCUUGUGAGUUAUCAGAAGGAAGACCUGGAAGAUGUAGCUGCUCCCAAACUUCAGAACCUCACGGUUGAGUGCAAUGACCUGAAAGGAGCUGAACCAAAUGCACCGACCAGCCCAAUCGACAGCCCUCUCGACCCAGUUAAAAGAAUUAUAGAUGGCUUCAUGCACUUCAAGACCAGCUACUUCGACACAAAUCCAGCUUUGUUUGAUGAGCUUGCCCAAGGACAAAGCCCCGAGUUUAUGGUAUUUGCAUGCUCGGAUUCUCGAGUGUGUCCUUCACAUGUUCUUCACUUCCAACCUGGGGAGGCCUUCAUCGUUCGCAACAUUGCUAACAUGGUUCCUGCUUUUGAUCAGCUAAAACAUGCAGGAGUUGGAGCAACCAUAGAAUAUGCUGUCAAAGAACUCGGGGUGGCAAAUAUUUUGGUAAUGGGACACAGUAAUUGUGGUGGAAUAAAGAGGCUAAUGUCUUAUCCGGAGGAUGGCUCUGAGCCCUUCGACUGCAUAGAUGAAUGGGUGAAAAUGAGUUUACCAGCCAAGGCUGAGGUUAUUGCAGAAGCUGGGAGUGCAGAUUUCCAUGAACAAUGUGAAAGAUGUGCAAGGGAAUCAGUAAACUUGUCACUGGCAAACCUACUUACCUACCCCUUUGUUCAAAAGGCACACUUGGAUAAAAAACUAGCACUUCGGGGUGGAUACUAUGACUUUGUCAAUGGAAUUUUCGAGCUAUGGGAGCUCAAAUCCCACAUUUCAAACCCCAUCAUCGUACAAUCUUGAUUUGCAUGCUCUUGGAAAUCUGUGAAUAAGUGAUGACAAAUAAACUAGAGGAGUUCCUUGUGGACUGCAAUGACUAUUGUAUUUUGAUUUUUCUCACAAUGCCCAUGUAUAAUUUAAUUACUGUUGUUUUGCGUUCUAUUCUUUGAACUUUUAAAUGUGCCUUGUCUUUUUAGAAAGU